AUGGAACAAAAUAAAAUUGAAAAUGAUAAUGAAAAUGAAAAAAUUGAUUUAACAAAUAUUAAUUUUACAUUAAUUAAUUCUUCAUUUAUUGAUACAGAAUAUACAUUAAUAGCAUCAUCAUUAGAAACAAUUCUUAUACAUGAUGGUCGUACAUUUAAAUUAUUUGAUAAAAAUCUUCGUCCAUUAGUUGCAUUAGAUUUAACAAAUUCAAUGCGUGAACGUUCUAAAGUUGUUGAUUUAUGUUAUAUAUCAUAUUUAUCAUCAUAUUUAAUAUUAUAUGAACAAGGUUUAUGGAUAUUUCAACCAGGUUCAAAUGCAAAUUUAAUAACAUCAAUACAACGUCGUGGUUAUUUAUCAUUAACAACAAAUACAAAAGAUUUAUUUAUGCUUGAUAUUGAUGGUACUAUUGAACAACGAUCAAUUAUAUCAUGGACAUUUCUUCGACGUUAUUCAAAACAACAUUUAUUAAAUGAUUAUAUUAAUGAUCAAUUAUUAUCAAUACGUUUUCAUUCAAUUGAAUAUACAAUAUUAAUUGCAAUUAUACGUACAACAAAUAAUCGUCGAUGUUUAAUGAUAUAUAAACAUUAUGGUUCAAAUACAUUUAAAUUAUUAGAUAGAAUAUUAUUUCCUAAUAUAAAUAUUUAUACAAUAUCAUCAUUACAUAUAUCACAUGUAUGGUUAAUAACAACAUGUGAAAAACAAUCAUUUUUUUUUAUUGAUAAUAAACGUGAAUAUAAUCAACGUGAACAACAACAAAUAUGGUUUCAAAUUGAUUGUGAUUAUAGAAUUAAAAAUGCUAUUGAAUUUGGUAUAAAUGAAAGAAAAAUUAUUAUAAGAACAAUACGACCAAGUCAAAUAAGACUUUAUCAUUUUUGA